GCCUUAUAUCCAUGUCUAUUGACGUGUAGAGAGCAGAUGGAGGCAGAGGGACUGAUCUGAUCUCUAGUCCUCAGAGGUCAUUCUCGCUACAGUUACAGCCACUUGUUGCCAAAUCGCUCAGAAAGCGCGAGCGCGUCGCGAAACUGUUUUCAAAAAGAGCGAUUUCUUUGCGUUCGCGGCACACAUCUAGAUGUUAAGACGGGACUACAACCACUUCUGACUUUGUUUGGGGAAAAAAGGUCACUUUUGAGCACAUUCGUCGCAUUUGACGGGAGAAGCAUGGUUGACAACACAAGCAUAGCGACUAAAUCUGCACUGCAAGCCGCGUUCUCGUCGGCGAGCAGCCUUCCUCUGCUGGUCAGCUCACCCGGCGCGCACAGUCAGUCGGGCGGCGGUGGCGGCGGGAUGAAGCUGGAGGCGGUCAUGGAGAACCUGCAGCGGCAGCAGGCUGCUCGACUCGCCCUAGAGGAAAAGCUCCGCCAAGCCGAAAAGGAGAAAGACAUCAGGUCUAUGGUAGAGUCACAGAUUCAACAGCAAGCUUUGGCUUUCCGCCACUACCAAGCAGCCGUCAGGGGAGCGUUCGCCGCGGGAGUCCCGAACUCGAGCUCCGGGCACCCGCUUGAGCGAAGAGCAGAGUCCGACAUCGAUGAUGAAGAUGAUGAGGAUGACGACCCGGAGCUAGACCGCGGCAUGGACGAUGAAGAGCGCGACAUGGACGAAGAUGACAGUAUGAACGAGGGUGGAGGGGAUGAAGACUUGGAAGGACCCCUUGCUCAUUACCCACCUCGCCACGCUGUUUAUCCGGGUGCCGGCCAGAGUCCAAAAAGUACCCCGAUACAUCUAUCCAGAGUCCAACCUCCGUAUCCAGCUCCCAGACAGGCGGAAUCGCCGAGUGCUUUGGCUCCACAAGCGCAGUCGCAGCACCACGAAUGGACUUAUGAGGAACAGUUCAAACAGUCAGGCCAAGGCAGCGGGCCAGGGAGGAAGCUGAAAGAUUCGAGUGUUGCUUUCGGUGGCGGUGGCUCUUCGUCUCUGAUUCAGGAGCUGUACGAACUGGACGAUGAUGAGAAAAGGAAGGAGUUUCUUGACGAUCUCUUCAGUUUCAUGCAGAAAAGAGGGACUCCAGUGAAUCGGAUUCCUAUCAUGGCCAAGCAGGUGUUGGAUCUCUACACUCUCUACAAGCUUGUCACAGAAAAAGGCGGCUUAGUGGAAGUCAUCAAUAAGAAAAUAUGGCGCGAGAUUACCAAAGGCCUGAACCUUCCUACCUCCAUCACCAGUGCGGCUUUCACUCUCCGAACACAGUAUAUGAAGUACCUCUACCCUUACGAAUGUGAAAAGCGUGGGCUGAGCUCUCCUGGGGAGCUGCAGGCAGCUAUCGACAGCAACCGUCGUGAAGGGCGGAGACAGAGCUAUGGCUCCACCCUCUUCAACUACUCCCCCGUAGGCACCCCGACACUGCUGGCAUCCCCCAAACUCCAGAUGCCCCAUAUCAGCAUGCCUACCCCCAAUGGUGGACACAUGACCCAGACCCCCGGCAUCAAGAAAGAGGACUCUAUGCUUUCCAGCUGCCUGACGAACAGGGUGGGCAUCCCCAUGUCUCUGGCCGGUCAUCACAGUGCAGCUCAGGCGGCAGCAGCAGCAGCGGUCCAAGCGGCCGCUCUGGAACAGCUGCGGGAGAAGCUGGAGUCUGGAGAACCACCAGAGAAGAAGGUGAUGCUCAUGGCAGAGGAGCAGCAGAGGAUCAUGCAGCACGCACUGCAGCAGAACCUCUUCGCCAUGGCCACACAGCUGCCCAUGAACAUUAAGCUCAACAACAGAGAUGAUAGACAAGAGACUGCAUUGAACCUGUCUACCAACGGCAUUAGCAGCAUCAACAUGUCAAUAGAAAUAAAUGGGGUUGUCUACACAGGGGUUUUGUUUGCCCGUAAGCCAGCCAUUGGCUUCAUGCCCAGCAGCCAGCGAGUCCAUCACCAACACAGCUCUCAGGGAAAGAGCAACAGCCCGGGGCUCAGCAGCCACAUUCAGCCGUCCUCUUCUUCCUCCUCCAGCGCCUCCUCACACGGACCAGCCACCUCCCCAUGAGCCCCUUCCCGGCCCACAACACCUCACUUCACUCACUCUCCCCCACCGGCCGGCUGCAGACAAGGCAGGGUCUUUAGGUCAUUCUGUUGGACCACUUAUUUCUGUCUCCUUCAAUGUACAAUGUACACUUUUUACUGUUUUUUAACCCUCCCUCUGCAAAUCAGGACAGGAGCGUCCAUCACUCGAAAAAAAAAAAACUUCCAUUAAAACAGCUAAUAGCCGCACAUUUGAAGUGUGUUACAUUUACAUAUGCAGCAAGUUGCAGCUUUUUGUUUUUUUCUAAGGACGCGGUAUUCAGUGCGGAGCGACUAAACUGCGUGACAAUGCCAUGAACACAAGAAGCGCAGUGAUGCUUCAGAGGACGGGCACCGACCUGCUUUCAUCUUCACUUUCCUACACAGAUCCUGAAUUUUUUGGCACAGGAGUCCAUACUCUUCUUCGCCUUCACUUGUUGCAUUCUUGAAUCAAACAGCAAGAGCUACUAUCAGCUAUUACCAAAGAGAAUAAGAGCAACGUUGUAAAUUUUUUUUAAAUCUACUUUAUCACACAAAUCUGAUGUCAUUGCAAACUACCAGUCGCCAUAGUUACAGUAAUUAUCAAGCGUUUCGAUUUGAAUCAAAGCACAUCCCAUUUAACUUGGGCAUCAAAUCGUCAGGGAGAAAAAGUUAUUUAACGUAUUAUUAUCACACCCAUUUACAAGACUGGGAGAAUCAUAAACGCUUGCCGUAUUUGCAAGAUGUAUAUCUUGAUAUUGAAGAAAGCAGACAGGAUUAUGUCUGCUCUCGUGACUGGUUUUGGCCUGCGGCCGUGGCGAAAUAUAUUCCAUUGAUUGGUGAGUUAUUUGGGGAACACUUGUCGACAAUGUUUAAAGAUUUUCCACCACCUCAGCUCGUGUUUUAUAGCAAAGUGUUCAUUAAAUGGUUUGAGUACACGGGAAAAACGGGUCACACCGGUUAAUACAGGUUUCAGAAGUCAGGGGUAAAAAGAUAUCGGGGCGUGUGACUGAGCUGGACGUUGAUCAUAAAAACUAGCUGACAGGCUCUUGGGAAGAAGAUUAUGUGGUGUGAAUAGGCUGAAUGUGGCUCAUCGUAGGCAUCAGUUCAUGAGGCGAGAUCUCUGUUGUGAAUAGAAUUCAUUUUUCAUCAAGUUUUCAACAAUGCACUUGCAUUUGAGAGUUCACCUCUCGUCCUUUAUUCCAUUCUCCAUUUUGUUUUGUUGCUCAAACUCUUUCUUUUUUCCUCUCUUUUCACUCGGCGGCAGAGAAAUGGGAGGAUGUUCUUGUGUCAUUUUCUUUUUAGAAUUCAGUAGAUGAUUUCAAGUCGUAUUUAUUAUUAUUACUUUUAUCCUCUUGCUUUCGUGUUGAACCUUGGGCUGCUUUCAGCAACAUCGCUUUUAUUUAAAGAAGAAAGGAAAGUCAUAUUACAGCCCAAUACCUCACAAAUCCUGCAAACCUGUACACAGAUGAUCGAUGAUGAAAACAAGAUAUACCUCAUUUAUUUCAUUUCUCUUAUUUUUAUUGUGAAGCCACUUGAAAAAUGAUGUUUUUUCAACUAAUCACUGGAUUAUUUUUUUUUUCUUCUAUUUGUAUUGUUUUACCAAAGAAGGGAAUAUAUAGUGAACACACAUCUACCUCAUUUGUUAUAGACUGUGCCAACAACAUAAUCACAGCAGCCAGUUUUUAACCAUAGCCUUUCUGGUCCAGAUUCCCUCACGCCUGUGUGAACCAGAGGCUGGAGAACACUGGGUUUCACAGCUUCAUCUGCUUUGCUUGUUUGUCUUUGUCAAUCGCAUUUUUAUGCAUGGGAAAAUAAACUAUCAGAAGGAUUCUAUUUUAUGUAUACAACUGGUCAGAUCGAUGUUCAUUUGAUCGAUGUUCAUUUGUACAGUAUCGAUAUUUGUUGAGUCAGAUCUGAAAUUCAUCUCUUGAAACAUAUCUUAAGUUAAAGGGUUAGUUCACCCCAAAAUGGAUAUUCUGUCAUCGUUUAUACUCCUCAUGCCGUUAUAAACCCAUAAGAGCUUCUGUUCUUCUUAGAAACACAGUUUAAGAUAUUUGUAAUUUACAUUUAGGGAUUUAGCGGACGCUUUUGUCCAAAGCAACUUACAUAUAAGGAGGCAUUCAGCAAUUCAGCAAGAAGAGGCAAUACAUAAUUAUUGUUUCUGUUGAGAUUGUCCACCCAAAACUCUGAUGCCACAAAACCACAUUGUAAAAUAAAUCUAAAUGUAUCAAGCAGUAUAUUUCAAGGGUUUUGAAGAGACGUGACUGCUUUAUAUGAUGAACAGAAUUGAUUUGGGCUUUUAUCCAUAUAUUAACAUUGUUCAAAAGCAGAAGCUCAACCCCACCCAAUGCCGGUUGUAUCAGCAAGUUUGGAGCCCUGAAUUUGAAAUUGUGCAAUAAUUAAAGAGUGAAAACCUCUUCUGUUUGCGCACAACAAUCAGCUGGACAGACUUGGUGUGUGAAAUAACAGAGCGAUGUACGAACCGUAACUUGUUUCUGUUGUCAGAUCUUGGUGGAAAAAUCACAAUCAAUAACACGUCUAUUAAAAACAGAGGAAAAUCCAAAUACAUUAUUUAAAAGCAAUACCAAUAUAUCACUGUCCACAUUUGACCACUUUAGCAACUCUAAUUAAAGCUGAUAGAUUUAUCAGCAGAGCUUAAAAAAACAAGCCAACGGAUGAUUAAAAUAAAAAGACAUGGCAACACUUCAGGCGCAAAUAAAUCACAAUGCAAUCUUGGAAGGUUUGGUGUUGUAAUGUUAAAUUGGUCAAAAAUAGUAAAUAAACUUCUGCCAAUCAGUUAUCAACUAUCAUGUUUGGUCAUAUUCUGUAGGCUUCAAACUAUUUAGACAAUAUACUUUCCUAUUUAUGUGUCUGUCAUUCCUGAAGCAUUUAGUUUAGCCUAUACAUUGUUAAACCCUCCGGGUGUCCACUAUUAGGAGUUUGCUGAUUUAAGAUUAAAUAUGAAGUACUCUCUAUUGUGCAAACGUUGCAGAAUAAGCAGCUAUUACAGAGUCUUUUAAUAAUUAUUAUUAUCCAUGCUAAUGUAACGUUUAACCCACCGAUCCAAUUGCACCCAACCCGGUCUGAGCUGGAAUCGAACCAGCGAUUCAUUAUAUAGAAGUCGGUUGCUCUAACAAGGAGGCUAAAGCCUCUAGUGUCUGUCGCUAGAGCACCUUUAGAGGUCAGAGGAGUGAGGGAUACCUGCAUAGCCCUUCGCUAGCUGGCCUUCAUUACACUUACCCCCUUCAACCUCACUCCUAUCCCGGACGAGCCCCCACGUGAAACCCACUGAGCUGGGUUCGAACUGGCGGUUCUUUGCAUGGGAGUCGGUUGCUCUAACAAAGCACUUUGCUAGCUGGCCUCCAUUUGACUUAAGAUUAAAUAAAUGUUGAAGAGGGCCCAAAAAGUGACCACCAUGAAGCUUCGAAAACUUUAUGAAUGUUUUUUUUUAUUCAGUGGUGUGGAACGCAUAAGACUUACUCAGUUUGUAGCAAAAAAAAUUUGAAGUCUUCAUAAAUCCUUUGAAGCUUCAGUUUUUGGUUGAAUAGACCUUCAGUUAAAGGACAUAAAUGUAUCAUAUUUUAUGGAAAUUAUAGGUUGUAUUAUGUUGUAUUAGUUAAUGUUACUUAAUAGAUUUACUAAUAUGAACAAACAAAACCUUAUUGUAAAGUGUGAUCAGAUUUUUCCAUAUAGUCUGAUGAGUUAGGAAUGACAUAAGGUGGAGCAAAAUGAUGACAGAAUUUCAAUUUUGGUGAACAAAUCCUUCAAGCUGCGACCUCGGGCAAGUGUUUUAGCUCACGGUUUGCAGCAGUUCCAUCGAUGCCAGUGUUUGAGUCCUCAUUUCUCUUCACAACCUAAUGUGGCUUUUACCUAUUCUAAAUCAAAACAAACUAAAUCUUAUUAGUUUCUUUUAAUGGGAUUUGAUGUUGAGACAUGUUCAGAACAGGACUUAUUUUUACAAAUACCAAAGAUGAGACAAUAGUGUCAGGUUGACAGUUUCCAACCUCAAAUUGUCGGUCUUAACUUUAACCCUCAAACAGCAGAGAAAUGUUUCGAUUUUGAUCCUGCUGUGGUAAAACAUGAUUAUAAAGCACUUGGGUCUAAAAGUUUUAGAGAAGGCCAAGCUGUAUAUUCAGUGAGUCUCAGCGCACGAAUGGCAAUCUAAGAAUGUAAUCGCCGUUUCUGGAUUUUAGCACAACCUAAGGAGUAAACCUGACCAUCAUAUUGUUGUUGUUGUUGUUGUAUAGGUGCGAGGAUUAAUGGAGAUAUAGAGUCUAUAUUUAUGUGGAAUUACAGAGGGCACAAUCAAUGCACAAUUGUCUGAUUCCUGUUGUUGGAUGUAAUUUACCUCUUGAUCAGCUUAUGAAGAGACUUAUUUUGUCCCAGGAGUGGCACAGUCUAUUCCUUCACAUGACUGUCUGUGGUCUCUUCACCAAACUGCAGAGAUUUCGAGCGCAAAUCCUGGACGAACUCUGGAGAGAGAAAGCAUAGUCAGAGCGAUUCCAUAACCAAAGCUUUAACCAAACCACUCUCACAGGCUUACUGAUGACAAUGUUAGAACAUUUGUUCGUUAAACAAACAAGAAAAGACUAUCAUUUUAAUAAAGGUUAAGAAAAAAAAAAGAUUCACUCAUGUGCUUAAAGAAUAACAUGUCGUUUACCUUGUUUAGCUAUGAUGUCAACGAUGCUAUGCUGGUAGAUUUUAGAUCCUAUUAUACGCUGUGUAUGAAGCUUAUUUUCCUUUUAUUCACUUUGGAUAAAUCCAGUGCAUUAUGGGAAAGCUGGAUUGUGGUGCUCAGGGGUUAAAAAAAGAUGAAAAAAAACUGGUUAAAGUUUUUUUUUUUUUUUCGUUUGUUUGUUUUGUUUGUUUUGCCAUUGACUUGUAGCAUAAUUAGAAAUAAAGUACUGCUUUCCACUUUAAUGUCCGGUUGAGUUUUUCCUUUUGGUUUGAAAUGAUGUAAUAAAUGUCUUCUGUGAAAACA